UCACUGUGAUCAAUGUGGGAAGAGUUUCCAUCACUUACAAAAUCUUCAAAUGCACCGGCUCAUUCACACAGGAGAGAAACCGCAUCACUGCACUGAGUGUGGGAGGAGCUUCGGACAGUUACAAUAUCUUACAAAACACCAGCGGAUUCACACAGGAGAGAAACCGCAUCACUGCACUGAGUGUGGGAGGAGCUUCGGACAGUUACAAUAUCUUACAAAACACCAGCGGAUUCACACAGGAGAGAAACCGCAUCACUGCACUGAGUGUGGGAGGAGCUUCGGACAGUUACAAUAUCUUACAAAACACCAGCGGAUUCACACAGGAGAGAAACCGCAUCACUGCACUGAGUGUGGGAGGAGCUUCGGACAGUUACAAUAUCUUACAAAACACCAGCGGAUUCACACAGGAGAGAAACCGCAUCACUGCACUGAGUGUGGGAGGAGCUUCGGACAGUUACAAUAUCUUACAAAACACCAGCGGAUUCACACAGGAGAGAAACCGCAUCACUGCACUGAGUGUGGGAGGAGCUUCGGACAGUUACAAUAUCUUACAAAACACCAGCGGAUUCACACAGGAGAGAACUAAUACCCUGUAAGACAUGUACAUUAUCUUUACAAGACGAGAGGUAAGCUGCCGUAACGAUGUAGCGAAAGAGAGCGUUUAAACAACGGGAGAGAUGACGGAAACGAAAAACUGAAACAACAACACGUGAAGAACCCAGACUGUGAACACGGUAAAUCACAGCGAUGCCGUGCGCAGGAAGCAGCGUGUGGAAAGCGCAUUGCACACGUCCGCAAGCAUCUCUGGCGAAGCUGAACGAGUUCAUUCUGCACAGAGGGGGCAGAGAAACGUUUCUUGUAAUUUUGCGUUUGUUUUCCCAUGUAAUUCAUUCAACCGUCUUUUACUGUUUUUUCUCUGAGUCAGUGUGUAAAGAAUCUAUAUCUCGUGGGUUUGGGAUUCAUAUCAAUUAUAAUGAUUCAAAGCAGCAAUUCAGAAUUUAACAUCAUCCCUUUAUUGAUUCCAGUAUACAAGAGUUACACACACAGCGUUUAAAGGUGAUCUUCAUACACUAGAAUGCAGCUCCAGUUCAUACAGUCUCACAUGGACCGCUUUAUAAAGGGCAGGGUGGAUCCAUUUCCAGUCGUAAGACUUGUUUUCAGAUGAAGUUCCGCUGCAGAUCUGAAGCGGAGAUGAUCUCGAACUGGUCUGUGGACGCCCUGAGUCUCUGUGGGGAGACUGGGAGCACUGGGGGCUCGGGUCCAAGUACUGGGAUUGUGGAGGGCUGGGAGGAGGAGCCAUAGUACUGAUGGACAGGUGUCAAAACCAACUGACUGUCAGAGAAGAAGAGGGAGGAGUCUAAGAGAGAGAGAGAGAGAAGAGUGUCUCUUCAGUGAGUUGAUGGUGUGAGUAUGGGUUAGGGUUAGUGGAUAGAGGAGAGAGGGUAGGUCAGUGUGUGUGUGUGUCUCUUCAGUGAGUUGAUGGUGUGAGUAUGGGUUAGGGUUAGUGGAUAGAGGAGAGAGGGUAGGUCAGUGUGUGUGGGUGUCUCUUCAGUGAGUUGAUGGUGUGAGUAUGGGUUAGGGUUAGUGGAUAGAGGAGAGAGGGUAGGUCAGUGUGUGUGUGUGUCUCUUCAGUGAGUUGAUGG